GAUCCACCCACCUUGGCCUUCAAAGUACUGGGACUACAGGAGGGAGUCACCGCACCCAACCUAAAAUGUUUUUCAGAUUCCAAAUUCCAGUGAAACAAGUGACCCCAACCAGUUCGAACAGCCCAGAAGAACUUAAUCAGCAUGAGAACACGGUUUUUUCAUCUCCCGGGCCCCAUGACUUCACUCUGCACUCUUGAACCUAUCAAAAAUCUCCACAUUUUGACUUGUUCGAAAACUCUUAGGAAACCUAGCCCCAAACUUCUCGGAGAGAGAUUUGAGGUUUUCUCCCAUCUUAUCUGGCAGCCCUGCAAUUAAACCUCUUUCUUCUGCUGCAAACCGGUGUUUUGGGUGUAUGGACUUGCCCUGCAAUCAGGCAAGGGACCUAUGACAGAGACACUGGCUGUGUACCCUCCGUGUCCCAGACAUGGUCCAAAAGCAAGUCCCACCUGGCCCUGCCCUCCAGGGCUCCUAGUGUUGGGGGAGCAGAGGCACACAGGAACAGGCAAUUGUACAGUGCCACGAGAGUGCCAGCUCCAUGGGGCUGGGGCAAUGUGGAAGGGGCUGCGUUGCAGAAAUGGCUCCAUGGUGAACCUGAAAAUGAGGAGUCACUGUCAUCCAGCAGGAGAACAAAAGGAUGGUCCUCCAUGCAUUCAUUUAGCCAGUGCUGCCUGAGCACCGCGGAAGGCACUGGGCAUACACUAAAAAGGAGAAAGGACUGGUUAUAGCCCCAUGAACCACCACCAUGGAGAAGCACACAUGAAGGCAACGGAUUAAUUCACUGUGACUGUAAAAAGGAGGUACAGGGGGUAUGAGAAUGUGUCACUAGGGACCUGAUGCAUCGUGUGUGUGUGUGUGCGCAUGCGCGCACACCCAAGGCCACUGAGACCUGACGUUUGGAAGAGCAAUAGGCAAGGGUGAUUUAUGAAGAGUAUGCCAGGCAGAAAACACAGCAGGUGUGAAGAUACCGAGGCAGCAGAAGCAUGAUGGGAAGGUCAAGGUGCCUGAGGUGGACAGGGAGAGGGUGUUGUGGGAACAGGCUGGAGGUCUGGGAGGCUCUGCCCUAAUCAGCAGGUGGGCUUUUCCUCGGGCUUGUUCCUCCUGCGGUUGCAAGUAGCUGGUUCUAGGGAUCCUUUCCUGCCACAAGAUGUCCAGUGGAAGACGAAGGGCGGCUUGUGUGUGUGUGUGUUUUCCUGAGACAGUGUCUCAUUCUGUUGCCCAGACUGAGUGCAGCCGCCCUCGACCUCCCGGGCUCAAGCCAUUCUCCCAUCUCGGCCUCCCAAAGUGCUGGGAUUACAGGCUGAGCCACCAUGCCCUGCCUUCAAGGCAAGGAGUCUUUUCUAGAAGACCUCUGGCCUCAGGCCUCACCUCUCUCCUUGGCCGCACCUGGGUCAGCUUAAGGGGCUCACUCACAAGAAUAGGUGAAAAGUCCCUUGGGAUUCAUCCCUGCGUCACAUGGGAAUGAUGCACACCAGAAGGAUGCCGGGCUCUGCCAGUCCAGCCCCACCAGCCUCCUGGAGUGGCCCCGAGGCGCGCUCUCCAGGCCCUAGGACCUGCUCCUGGAGGCGGGGGCUCCUGGAAGCGACCCCGACACUGCUCCAGGUGUCUCUUCAAGGACUUUCCCACAUUUUACAAAGAAACCUUUUGGGGACAGUCAGCAACAAGUAACCAGUCGUGGAACUGUGGCAGCCCUGGGGUGAGCGUGAGAAACCCGUGCUCCGCGCCGGAGAUCUCAGACUGGAGAAGGGAACGAUCUCCUACGCAGACCUGCACUGCAGCACCUGGGCUGGCAGCCAGAUUGGGGACAUCGUCCCCUGCUGGGAGGCCAGAGAAGGCAGGGAGCGCGCCUCGAGUCCGCUGGCUGAAUCUCCCCAGAACUGGAAAGCACCGCCUAGUCGGUACCUUUGAACUGAAACGCAAAGCCCACGGGCGCGCAGUCCGGAGAGGAGGCGAUUGCGGGUGGAGGUAGUGCCAGGUAACUGGUGCCCCUACCCGAUGUCCAAGCUGGUCACUUUACUAGCUCUUUGCAAAACAGAGAAAUUCCUCGUCCACUCGCAGCAGCCAUGUCCGCAGGGAGCUCCAGACUGCCAGAGAGUCAAAGUCAUGUACCGCAUGGCCCACAAGCCAGUGUACCAGGUCAAGCAGAAGGUGCUGACCUCCUUGGCCUGGAGGUGCUGCCCUGGUUACACGGGCCCCAACUGCGAGCACCACGAUUCCAUGGCAAUCCCUGAGCCUGCAGAUCCUAGUGACAGCCACCAGGAACCUGGGGAUGGACCAGUCAGCUUUGAACCUGGCCACCUGGCUGCAGCGAUCAGUGAGGUUGAGGUGCAACAGGAACAGCAGGAACACCUUCUGGGAGAUCUCCAGAAUGAUGUUCACCAGGUGGCAGACAGCCUGCCAGGCCUGUGGAAGGCCCUGCCUGGUAACCUCACAGCUGCAAUGACGGAAGCAAAUCAAACAGAGCACGGGCUUGUGUCACACCACACGUCUGUUGCAGAGUUCCCUGACAGAUCCUUGGAGCAGGUGCUGCUACCCCACGUGGACACCUUCCUACAAGUGCAUUUCAGCCCCAUCUGGAGGAGCUUUAACCAAAGCCUGCACAGCCUUUCCCAGGCCAUAAGAAACCUGUCUCUUAAUGUGGAGGCCAACCGCCAGGCCAUCUCGAGAGUCCAGGACAGUGCCGUGGCCAAGGCUGACUUCCAGGAGCUUGGUGCCAAAUUUGAGGCCAAGGUCCAGGAGAAUGCUCAGAGAGUGGGUCAGCUGCGGCAGGACGUGGAGGAUCGCCUGCACGCCCAGCACUUUACCCUGCACCGUUCGAUCUCAGAGCUCCAGGCCGAUGUGGACACCAAAUUGAAGAGGCUGCACAAGGCUCAGGAGGCCCCAGGCACCAAUGGCAGCCUGGUGCUGGCAACGCCCCAGGCUGGGGCAAGGCCUGAGCCAGAGAGCCUGCAGGCCAGGCUGGGCCAGCUGCAGAGGAACCUCUCAGAGCUGCACAUGACCACGGCCCGCAGGGAGGAGGAGUUGCAGUACACCCUGGAGGAUAUGAGGGCCACCCUGACCCGGCACGCGGAUGAGAUCAAGGAACUGUACUCCGAAUCCGACGAGACCUUCGAUCAGAUUAGCAAGGUGGAGCGGCAGGUGGAGGAGCUGCAGGUGAACCACACGGCGCUCCGUGAGCUACGCGUGAUCCUGAUGGAGAAGUCUCUGAUCAUGGAGGAAAACAAGGAGGAGGUGGAGCGGCAGCUCCUGGAGCUCAAUCUCACGCUGCAGCACCUGCAGGGUGGCCAUGCCGACCUCAUCAAGUACGUGAAGGACUGCAACUGCCAGAAGCUCUACUUAGACCUGGACGUCAUCCGGGAGGGCCAGAGGGACGCCACGCGUGCCCUGGAGGAGACCCAGGUGAGCCUGGACGAGCGGCGGCAGCUGGACGGCUCCUCCCUGCAGGCCCUGCAGAGCGCCGUGGACGCCGUGUCCCUGGCUGUGGACGCUCACAAAGUGGAGGGCGAGAGGGCGCGAGCGGUCACGGCGCGGCUCCGGAGCCAAGUGCAGGCGCUGGAUGGCGAGGUGGGAGCGCUGAAGGCGGCCGCGGCCGAGGCCCGCCUCGAGGUGCGCCAGCUGCACAGCGCCUUCGCCGCCCUGCUGGAGGACGCGCUGCGGCACGAGGCGGUGCUGGCCGCGCUCUUCGGGGAGGAGGUGCUGGAGGAGAUGUCUGAGGAGGCGCCGGGACCGCUGCCCCUGACCUAUGAGCAGAUCCGCGUGGCCCUGCAGGACGCCGCCAGCGGGCUGCAGGAGCAGGUGCUCGGCUGGGAUGAGCUGGCCGCCCGAGUGGCGGCCCUGGAGCAGGCCUCGGAGCCCCCGCGGCCGGCAGAGCACCUGGAGCCCAGCCACGACGCGGGCCGCGAGGAGGCCGGCACCACCGCCCUGGCCGGGCUGGCGCGGGAGCUCCAGCGCCUGAGCAACGACGUAAAGCGUGUCGGGCGGUGCUGCGAGGCCGAGGCUGAGGCCGAGGCCGAGGCCGGGGCUGCCUCCCUCAACGCCUCCCUUGACGGCCUCCACGACGCACUCUUCGCCACCCAGCGCAGCUUGGAGCAGCACCAACGGCUCUUCCACAGCCUCUUUGGGAACUUCCAAGGACUCAUGGAAGCCAACGUCAGCCUGGACCUGGGGAAGCUGCAGACCAUGCUGAGCAGGAAAGGGAAGAAGCAGCAGAAAGGCCUAGAAGCUCCCCGGAAGAGGGACAAGAAGGAAGCGGAGCCUUUGGUGGACACGCGCGGCACAGGGCCUGUGCCGGGUGCCUUGGGCGCGGCGCUCUGGGAGACAGGAUCCCCUGUGGCCUUCUAUGCCAGCUUUUCAGAAGGGACGGCUGCCCUGCAGACAGUGAAGUUCAACUCUACGCACAUCAAUGUUGGCAGCAGCUACUUCCCUGAACAUGGCUACUUCCGAGCCCCUGAGCGUGGUGUCUACCUGUUUGCAGUGAGCGUUGAAUUUGGCCCAGGGCCAGGCACUGGGCAGCUGGUGUUUGGAGGUCACCAUCAGACUCCGGUCUGUACCACUGGGCAGGGGGGUGGAAGCACAGCAACGGUCUUUGCCAUGGCUGAGCUGCAGAAGGGUGAACGAGUGUGGUUUGAGUUAACGCAGGGAUCAAUAACAAAGAGAAGCCUGCCGGGCACUGCAUUUGGGGGCUUCCUAAUGUUUAAGACCUGAAGCCAGCCCCGAUCUGAUCAGACAUCAUGGACUCGCCCAGCUCUCCCUGGCAUGGGACUCUGGCCAAGGAUGGGCAGGAGGUCAUUCAGUUGGUCUGUCUUUUCCCUGGAAACCUUCUGCAAAGACAGUGUGGUGUAUGUGGCCUCCCUCUAGCUGCACGGGGCUUGGCCACUUCUCCAGGAUGAAAAGGACUGGAAUGCUUCUCCGGACAGGACAUGGUCCUAGGAAGCCUGAACCUUGGCUUGGCAUGCCUUCUCAGACAGCCUGGCCUGGGCUCCAACUCUUCGCCACACCCUGUAUUCUACAACUUCUUUGGUAUUUUGCUCCUCCUGUGGUUGGAAACUUCUGUACAACACUUUAAACUUUUCUCUUGCUUCCUCUUCUCUUCUCCCUAAUCGUAUGAUAGAAAGAUAUUCUUUCCCAGGAAGAAUGUUUAAAAUGGAGGCAACAUUUUGGCCAACACUGGAAAGCACUAGAGGGCAAUGGGAUUAAACCAACCUGCUUGGUCUUUAUUAGUAAUGGAGAUGACAGUCUGGCCAAUCAAGGGAAAGGAAAUUAGUACCUUUAGUUUCAGUCAUUCCUUGUAUGAUAUGGUUUGGCUGUGUCCCCACCUGAAAUAUCAUCUUGAAUUGUAAUCCCUAUAAUCCCCACAUGUCAAGGGAGAGAUCAGGUGGAGGUAAUUGGAUCUUGGGGCAGUUCCCCCAUGCUGUUCUCGUGAUAGUGAGUUCUCAUGAGAUCUGAUGAUUUUAUAAGUGUUUGGUAGUUCCUCCUGUGUUCAUUCUCCUUCCUGCCACCUUGUGAAGAAGGUGCCUUGGUUCCUCUUUGCCAUGUGCUGUGAUUGUAAUAAGUUUCCUGAGGCCUCCCCAGCCUUGAGGAACUGAGUCAAUUAAACCUCUUUCCUUUAUAAAUUACCCAGUCUUGGGCAGUUCUUUAUAGCAGUGUGAAAAUGGACUAAUACAUUUGUAUUAAUCUGUAAUUUAAAUUUCAUGUCUCUUUCUCCUUGCCUUACAUAAAGGCCAAGACAUGCCAAACAUGAACUAAAAUGUGUAGGGCCUUCACCUUUUUUACUUCCUCCAGUAUCUUGGGACCACGUAAUUCUUGUUAGCAUCUCUAACCAGGAGGCAGCUGAGGGAGGAGGGAAGGAAGACUGUAAAAAAUCCCCCUCAAUGAUGAUCAAAUUUGGAAUAAAGUGAUGCCCUUCAAA